AUGGCUCCUUUUGUUAUUGGGUCAAGCCUAAUCAUGAGCCAUAUUGAAUUUGCAGGUAUCUUUAUUGGGGAAAACAAGGUGGUCCAUUUUACACGUGAUAGAGAUUUGAAUUCAAGCAGUGGGAUAUCUUCUGAUUCUAGCUUUUAUAAUUCAAGGUUGAUCUGUUCUUCCUAUCCCGAAUGUGAAUUUAGGAAACCCAACAGGGGUGUAGUCCGUUCUUGCCUGGAUUGUUUCCUUCGAAAUGAAUCUCUGUAUCGUUACGAAUGUGGAGUUUCUCAACCAGUUUUCCUUGCUCAUUUGCGGGGUGGCACAUGCACCACUGCAAAGUCUGACCCACCAGCAGAAGUUAUCCGAAGAGCAUCGUAUCUUCUUGAACGUGGAUUUGGCAAUGAUGAUUUGCUUCAAAACAACUGCGAAGAUUUUGCACUUUAUUGUAAAACUGGUCUUCUGACAUUAGACAAACUGGGGGUUGGAGCAAGUGGUCAAGUCUCUUCUGUCUUUGGUGCCCCAUUGGAGGCCAUUUUUUCUUCUUGUCUGAAUUUGGGGAUGCCAUCUCAUGUUAGCCGGGCUGUGGUAAAGGCUGAAGAAAAUUACUCUUUGGACAGGUAUGAAGCAGAUAUUGGUGUUCGAGAUGAUGUGAUGAAGGUGGCAGUGGAGGACUUGGCUGUGAAACUGGGUUGGGAAGGCCAACAUCAUGAGGAAGUAGCUGAUGACACUGAGGCUUCAAAGCGAGACUCUGUUGCAAAGAAUUUAGACAUUAACGAAAUCUAUCAAGUAUUUUGA